UCUCAGUCUUCUCCUCAAUAUUUCACAUACAAAAUGAAUUCAUUAAACGUUUUAAUUUUAACUCUUCUAUUUGUAAUUUUAUUGGUGAAAAACUCUCAGGCUUUUCUUCCAUCUGACCCAAGUAUCUGUGUUAAAAAUUUAGUAUUGGACACAGGAAGGACUUGUGAGGAAAGUGAAGAUUUUCCAGAUAUCAAGAACGUUAAAAAUGGAAAAAGAGUUUACAUUGUCUGCACUGAUUCAGAUGCAAUUGAUUAUAAAUUUUAUAUUUGUUUCGAUAUGAAUCGUCUUCCUGGAGCACCGUAUCCUGAGGAAGAAAUCCUUCGUGAAUCAACGGUAACUUAUGCCCAAAUUUAUGAGCUGAUGACUACGGAAAUCACUGAAACCAAAAACCCAAAAAAGAAACCGAAGAUUUCAAAACCGGACCCAGACCCUUCAGCAAUUCGUCCAGGAUUUUCAUUUAGAAAUCCAAUUUCUGUUUAAUUUUA